AUUGUGGUAGUCUGUCACAGCUUAGGCGGUAUUGUUGUCAAGCAAGCUUUGUGUGUUGCUAACAAGCAAUUUCCUCGAUACGGUUCGAUUGUCAAUGCUAUAGCUGGAGUCAUCUUCUUAAGCACUCCUCAUCGCUAUGGAGACAAGACCACGAGCUUGUCACGUUUUCGAGAUGUAUUGGAGGCAACUACAGGCAAAAGCUUAAAGAUUCCGAGCGCGAAUAUUGAGCAAGAAGGUGCAAUUUUGCUUGAUCUCGCAGAUCGAUUUGAAGGAAUUUCGUUUCGUACCCCCAUACUAUCAGUCUACGAGCUGCGUGAAUCGAAAAAUAGCUCGACGCCAUUGCGCCCGAAGUAUCAGCAGUUGGUCAACCGCGAAGCCUGUUCGACCCAUGCCCCAAUGGAGACUGUGAUCGGGCUCAAUCUCAACCAUCACGACACGUGCUGCUUUACCAAGAGCGUUGGAGGCGAAGGCUUAUCCGAAUUCAACAAAUUCAUGUAUGAGACUUUGCGUGAUGCUGUGCAGCUCGUUGCAAUCCGGCUUGAGGAUCAGGAAUAUCAGUAUGCAACGAUGAGCUCUUACUCGCCUACGAUGAGUGAGAUGCCCAUUAAACUCGAGCAAAUGGAACUCACCGAAUGGCCUUCAAACAACGCAACUGAAUGGCCGUCCAAUAGAGCAACCGACGGAACAUCUCUAUCGGGCUUUGAACUGGUCCAUCCUUUUACACCAAAUCCCGAGUCUCGAAAAAUCCUCCAUUUGCCAUGCUUCCUUCUCAACACACAUACUUCAAAUUCAGACUUCUGUGGCCGCGAGGACAUCUUGGAGCGACUUGCGACCGAAUUAUUGCCUUCUAAAAACAUCGUUACAGCAUCAGGGACCGCUCUACGCCAAUUUGCGCUUUGUGGAUUUGGAGGAAUUGGAAAGACUGAGAUAGCUCGGGAGUUUGCCCGACGCCACAAAGAAUCCUUUGAUGCCGUAUUCUGGGUCAUGGCAGAUGAGAUUGCAAAGCUCGACCACCAUUUCCAGCAAAUCUCGUUAGCACUGGGGCUUGAAACUUCAGCCGAGUGUAAAAGUCAGGUAGUAAGCCGAGAGAUUGUGAAAGGAUGGCUCUCGAACCCUCGCAAGAAUUUAUCAGGGCCGGACGAGUUUGUUCAGCCUGGUCAAGUGAAAUCGGAAGCGACCUGGCUGCUUAUCUUCGACAACGCAGACGACCCAAUGAUUCUGGCUGAUUACUGGCCACAAGGGAGCGGCUCCAUUCUCAUCACCAGCCGUGACCCAUUAGCAAAGAGCAUGUUUACGAGGAGACCUCUAGGUCUAGAUCUCGGACCUUUGUCAGAACAAGACAGUAUAUUCCUAUUCAAUCAUCUCACUACGGCUUCCAGCGAGUCAGAAGGUGAUACAGCACGGAAAAUUGCUGAUGCACUUGGUGGAGUGCCUCUGGCCAUCUCUCAGAUGGCAGGUAUUAUCCGUCGUCAGGACCUUACCUUAUCCGAAUUUUUGGAGCUGUACGCGGACCAUGAAGAGCAUGCCAGCCUUUAUGAGACAAAAUUUGAUACCAAUUUGAUCACGUAUCGCCAUUCCCUUUCCACUGUUUGGGCAUUUGAGAAACUGAAACCUCAAGCUCGGCAAUUGCUAGAGCUGAUCUCAUUUCUCGAUCCGGAUGUUAUUGGGGAAGACUUGCUAAUGGCGGCGUCUAUGGAGCUGUUCUCUGACAGCGUACAGUUUAAGAAGAGCAAUUACAUGGAGGCUCGAUCAGAUCUCUUACAGUCAUCUCUAGUCUACAGAGAUAAGCAAAAGCAGCAGAUAUCAGUCCAUCGCCUUGUUCAAGAUGCAAUUUUGACAACAAUGGACAUUGAAAAGAAACAAUUCAUGUUCGAUCAAGUUGCCCGAAUUCUUUGGGCUGACUGGCCAUCGGCCAUGCCCAAACCAUCAAAGGAGCCAGAGCUACCCAAGCCCAAAUCGACUGGUGGUAGAUUGCAUGUCGCGAGAUGGCCUGUAUGCGCAUCAAUUUACCCCCACGUUCUAAAGAUGCAUCAGCUUUGGGCAACGAUGUCGGAUCUUUCUGAAGCAACUAGUAUGCUUUUCGCAAAGCUACUUGCUGAAGCUGCUUGGUACGUAUCAAUAAAUAUUCCAAGAUGUUUUAUUGUUGAUAUAUAG